UGUCCUACAAGGCGAAUCUACGGAGCGAUUGGCGCUGCGAAGGCAAGGCCAAUGAAUGGCCAUUGUACAUUGGCUCUGCACGCUGUAUGGACAUGUUGAACUGCAAAGGUACCGCGGCGACCAAGUACUGAGGGCAUUCGGGACCUGAUGAUGGAGACUAACGGCAGCCACACAAGCAAGGUCCGCUGGCACACCACCGGGGCAGCCCUGGAAUAUCUCAACCCGCCCAUGAUGAUCCGUGGCUCGGCCGACCCCGAGAUUUAUCAAGUUGCCCAAGACACCACGUCAAGCGCCCGGCCAGUCGCCACCGCCUCCCUGAUGCACAAUGGCAGCGAGUGUGGGGCCGAAAUCCUGCUUUACGGAGACACGGAGAAGCUGGUGAUCGGGGCAGUUCUGUCCAUGCUCACCCUGCUCACCAUCUCUGGCAACUGCCUGGUCAUGAUCUCGGUGUGUUUCGUGAAGAAGCUGCGCCAGCCUUCUAACUAUCUCAUCGUGUCCCUGGCUCUGGCCGACCUGUCGGUGGCCUUGGCCGUGAUGCCCUUUGUCAUCGUCACCGACCUGAUCGGCGGCCAGUGGAUCUUCGGGCAAGUCUUCUGCAACGUCUUCAUCGCCAUGGAUGUGAUCUGUUGCACCGCUUCCAUCAUGACGCUCUGUGUCAUUAGUAUAGACAGGUAUUUGGGAAUAACACGACCACUGACAUACCCAGUCAGACAGAAUGGCAAAGGCAUGGCCAAAAUGAUUCUCUGUGUCUGGCUUCUGGCCGCAUCUGUCACACUGCCACCGCUCUUUGGUUGGGCCGAGAAUAUCAAUGAUGACAAGGUUUGCCUGAUCAGCCAGGACUUUGGUUACACCAUAUAUUCGACAGCAGUGGCGUUCUACAUCCCCAUGUCAGUCAUGCUUCUGAUGUAUCACCAGAUUUUCAAAGCUGCCAAGAAGAGUGCUGCCAAGCACACCUUUGUGGGAUUCCCGCGGCCCGGCGACAUGUUGAUGGGCGAGGCAGAUCAACGAGGGCAUAAACCACGCAAAGGCUCAGAAGAAUGCACCAACUUUAUCCGCCUUCUGAAAAAUGAGCGCAAGAACAUGUCAAUCUUCAAGAGGGAGCAGAAAGCUGCCACCACUCUGGGCAUUGUGGUUGGUGCCUUCACUGUGUGCUGGCUGCCGUUUUUCAUACUUUCUACAGCAAGACCCUUUAUCUGUGGCACCAAGUGCAGCUGUAUACCCUUUUGGUUGGAAAGAACAAUCUUGUGGUUUGGAUAUGCCAAUUCGUUGCUCAAUCCUUUUAUCUAUGCGUUGUUCAACAGGGAUCUGCGGACAACCUAUCACAACCUGUUGAGGUGCAGGUACAGGACCAUUAACCGGAAGCUCUCCGCUGCAGGAAUGCACGAGGCUCUGAAGCUGGCAGAAAGGCCGGAACUGAUACUGUAGGCGCAGAGCAAGCCCUUCGAAACAGAAUAUAUCUCAGGGAGAGAAGAAUCCUCUUUGUCUGUAAACUAUUGUUGCUGUAUCAGGGACUUUACACAGAAGAUGUUUUAUUUGUCAGGCAUUGCUCAUGCACCAGUGAUUUAUAGAUCAUGGAUCUGUAGUCAAUAUCAGAUUGGUAAGAGUGGCAUUGGAACUUACA